AUGCCUUUGUGUUGGACUGUGUUUGAUAAAGAUAAGUUAAUAGGACCAGACUUGGUGAGACAAACUGAGGAGAAAGUAAAGAUCAUCAAAGAUAGUUUGAAAGCUGCCUCAGAUAGACAGAAGUCUUAUGUAGAUUUGAAGAGAAAAGAUAUUGAGUACGAUUUUGGCGAUAAAGUCUUCUUAAAGGUGUCACCAUGGAAGAAGGUGUUCAGAAUUGGGAAGAAGGGUAAGUGGAGCCUUAGGUUUAUUGAUCCAUACAAGAUCAUUAAACGUAUGGGUCCAAUAGUCUAUAGGCUAGCAUUACCAUCAGAGCUGGACAAGAUUCACAAUAUAUUUCUUGUCUCGAUGCUAAGGAGAUACAAAUCUGAUCCCUCACAUAUCUUAUUGGCAGAGACCAUUGAUAUAUAA